AUGGAAAAGUGUUUUGAGUUAGUUCCAGCAAGUGAUGACCAGAAAACAAAGUUUGCCAGUCAUUACUUAAAAAAUGAAGCGACGUAUUGGUGGGAAUCUGUUAAGAAUAUGGAAGGUACAGUUGAGAUUACUUGGGAAAGGUUUAAGGAAUUGUUUUUAGAAAAGUAUUUUCCUAGGUUUCUUCAGGAUCAGAUGGAAUUGAACUUUUUAGAGUUGAAACAGGGAAAUAUGUCUGUGGUUGAGUAUGAGAAUAAGUUUGCGGAAUUGGCCAGGUUUGUGCCAACUUAUGUAGAGACAGAUAGACAGAAAGCAAAAAGGUUCCAGCAAGUUCUGAAGCCUUGGAUUAGGAGCAAGUUAGCUAUUUUUCAAUUAGAUACUUAUGCGGCAGUGGUUGAGAAAGCAAUGAUUGCGGAGGCUGAAAAUGAGUUGUUUCAGAAGUCUAAAGAGGAUAAGAAGAGAAAACCGGAGAAUUGA